CCUUUAUGUUAGAGCCUGUGACGUCAUCUGUGAUGAAUAUCAUCCGUGGAAACAGUCAGAAAACAAAGCUUAUACUGUUACAAACUGCUGAUGAUGCUACAUGUUCUUUGUCUUCUUUGGAAUGGGGGCUCGUUGCUGAUAUCAUCUUAGAAGCUGAAGCCCUUCGCUGCUUUGGAGAAGCCCGAUACGGCUUAUCAGGAAUGGUUAAAUCGCUCAGUCCAAAGAAAUACAGAUGUCGCCUGUCUUUCCUACGAGCAACAGAAGAGAACCGAGCCAAGAUGGCGCUAGCCAGGAAAUCCACACUUUUACGCUUAUAUAGUGAUCCAAUUUGUAACAACCAACAAAAAAACUAUUUCUACCAAGGUAGAAACUCUAAAUGUUCAGCAUCCCGUCAGACCAGUUUUUUGUCUCAGGAGGCAGAAUCCAUUGGUCUAGAAGAAGGUUAUGGUUCUUCAUCAAGACUUUUGUGGAAGACGGUAACAUCCUUGCUGCCAUCGUGGGUUCAACCUGUGCCAGAUGAUUGGGAAACUAUAGAAGAAGACUUUUACAUGGUUGCAUGCUCUUACGUCAGCCGAUUAUCUGCUUAUUUAUCGCUCGCACCGGUUGCUAAACACGACGACGACACCAUAUGGUUAACGUUGCUGAGAGGCGAUAUUCCUCGGAUUUUCAUUCCGUACAUCUUGAUAGCAAUGAGAAAUGGUAAGCACGUGAACCUUUCAGCCAUAGACACAAUUCCAAUUUUGGCGUUUCGCUUAGAACCGUUAGAUAGUGGGUGUGACUUCACCGUUGAUGGUGAUUUUUUGAAAGGUGGAAUUUUACAAGGGGAAAUUCUCCCAUUCACACUGAAUAUCAUGUCUCGCUAAAGUUACAAUAAAACAUAUAAAACUGAACAGGCGAACUUGUGUAAAUUUGCCAUGGUUCGUGAGACAAUGAAUUAUCAGAAGAAUUAUAAAUAUGUAAAUUUACCAAAUUCAACAGUUUUCCAAGAUUUUCAUCACCCGUUUUGUACAAAAUCUCAGAGGUAGUGUUUUACAGUUCUAUCCUAAAGAUCCGACACUUCUACAAAAGGUUUAGGUGUUUAUAAACACUAUACAAGUCAGUCUUCAACAACCAUGUAGCCUUCUGUACUGGCCAAGAACAAGGCCAAGAAACUUUUUAAAAAUAUGCGCAGUCUUAAAGGAAAUUCAAACUUCAAGCGUUGAUUAAAUAUGACAACGACUAAGCAACUUUGAAAAACCUUGGUAAAUAUAAAGAUCAAAGAAAUGGAAAUAGGUCACACAAAAGUAAAGUAUACACUUUUAUUACAAUUUCUUAAAAACUAUAUAUAAUCUAUACAUCUUUGAUUCUGUUUGCAUUAAAUCUUCUUUGGGUAUUUAACAAUGUUUGUAAUGGAUAUGAUGGACAUAGUGUGGUUGAAAUACUCCAUUUUAUU